AUGGGCCUGCAGUUGAGUCGGGAUGUUGGGGACGAAGUACGCGACGCCCCCGUCGACAUCGACGCUGACUGCUGCAGCGGCGCAUGCAUCCGGCAGCUGAAGAUUCGUGAUGCGUACAGCCACUCCGACGGAGCGGAUGCGCUCGUCUAUUUCGUCUCGUUUCCUCUCGUCCUUCCCGCUACUCUCCUACUCCUCUUAUCCCUGAUCCAAGAUAAUCCUUCGACCGUACCGCCUGACCGACCUGCAAGACCCCAGCCCCUUCUCAACGCCUGCCUGGUGGCGGACCGGGCCAACAACGCUCUCUUACAGGCCCUGAGCAGGGCGAAUGUCGGUCGGAAGAUAUCGGCCGCCUGA